ACGCAUUGGGUAGGUCGUUCUGCUGUUCACAUUGAUUCGAUGUGGUGCUGACGAUAAUGGUUAAUUUGAUUAGUUCAACACCUUGAGCAUCGGCCAGUGUUCAUUUGCAGAAAAUCGAUAUGAAUAUCUUUCCAAGGACAAUCACUGGUGCUUUACAUGGCCAAAAUAAGAUUGCCUGUGACUGGGGCUGGCAGUCACUGGUUGCAUAUGGCUGUCACACGUCUGUAGUAGUGGUUGAUACCAAAGCUGUCCAGGUUAUUCAGACACUUGAGAAACACAAGAGUAAUGUGGUGAAGGUUAAAUGGGCUCGGGAGAACUAUCAUCACACCAUUGAUGCUCCGUACACCCUAAGGCUUGCCACUGCGGAUGCUGGAGGUCAGAUCAUUGUCUGGGAUGUGAAGGAUGCCUCUGACAGAGCCAGCUUCAAUGAAGGAAGCAAACCAGUCUUAGAUUUAGAGUGGUUGUCAACCCAAGAUGCUUCUCAUGAUCUGCUGGUUGCAUUACAUCCACCGUACUCCAUUGUACUCUGGAACGCUGACACCGGUACCAAGCUAUGGAAGAAGACAUUUACUGAUAACAUCAUCUCCAUGACCUUUGACCCCUUCGAUUCCUCCAAUCUUGCAUUGCUGGGUAAUGACUGUAUCCUGUUCCUCAAUGACUUCAGCAUCACUAAACAGCCAUCCAGCAAUGGCCGUAAGUUCUACAUCACAGUGCCGGGUACCAGUGGUCCCAGUCCCUCAUCAAGCAGCACUAAUCUAUCAGGCGGGUCAGACAAGAAGAUUGGGAACCGGUUCCGAAGGGUUCGACUGCUGGUGGGAGAUAACAAGCCCAGAAAUUCUCAGCUGGCUGUUGAAGACACAGACCCCAUCGCUCUCAAUGAGUGUCUUCAGAUGACUUACCUUCAGUCCAGGAGGCAACAUCUCUUGCUGGUGUAUCCUAGGGAGAUUCUUGUCUUAGACCUUGACAUUUAUCAGACAGUAGGGAUGAUCCCCAUGGAACGUAGCGGCAGCCCCUUCCAACAGGUUUACCCUUGCAAACAACGAGAUGUUUUGCUGUGUCUCCAUGAGAAUGGAAGCAUCAGUGUCCGAGUUCGUCGUCGUCCCCGACCUUCCACAAGCCCAAGCACAGCAACACCUGUCGAUCAAAUUGGUAACUUUGUCGGACUAACAGGUGGUGACUCAUUUCUAUCACAUGACCCCCAUGAUGUCAUCUACGACCUUCGUUGUCAAUCAGACCCCUUGCGAGUCACUAAGCACAUGCGUGCCUUCGGUCUAGCCUGCUGCAUGUCCACUGAGCGUCAGAUGGCUCUCUUAAUGAGCGAUGGGCGGCUCUUGAUCUGGUCCCUGAUGACAGUUGACCAUGCCCCCAGUAGCACCAGUAAUGUCCACACACAGAUGGUCCUGUCACCACUGUACUCACCAGGCAUUGUGCCCGGUGUCACCAACAGUGACUUUGAGUUCCUCCCGCCACUGUCAAAUUCAGGUGGACACCAGAUCUUGCCACAUCCUAAGAUCUCCAUGGCUGAUUUGAUAUGCCAGACAGACGUAGCAGGAGACCCCAUCAGUACCCAACCACAGCAGCAGGGGCGUGGUGUGAUCUUGAAGUUUGUCUUGACCGGUCUGAGUUGUGGUGUGGCAUCAGUACCAACCAUCAUCCGUAUGUGCCCACCAGUGACAACAAGGAAUUUACAUAAAUAUAAGCCCUUGGCUGCAUUAGGUUCUUCUACUGGUCUUGUGCAGGUGUAUAAUUUGACAACAGGUUCCUUGUGGCGGGAGUAUAACAUCCACACUUGCUCAGUAAGGGGUAUUGAGUGGGUGAGUUUGACCAGCUUCCUAUCCUAUAGCUAUCCCAACCCACCAAGCAAUGGUCUAGUCCGUAAUGAGCUAUUACUCCUUGAUCUUCUGACGGGUCGUACCAUUCCAUUGCGGGGGCAUAAAGGAGAUGAGGCUCCAAUUGAGGCUGUCAAAGUAUCCCACUUAAAGCAGUACUUCAUUGUGAUGUUGAAGGAGAAGCCGUUUGAGAUUUGGGAUUUGAAGAACAGGACUAUUCUUCGAGAGAUGCCAGCUAAUUUCCCCAUCAUCACAGCACUGGAAUGGUCCCCAACUCAUCACAAGAAGCGUUCGGCCAUGUCCAUCCAAGAGACUGUUGGUAGCUCCUCCCUACUGGAUGCUUCAGGAAGUUCUCAUAUCCUAGAUGGCAGCGGUGAUAGUAAGAUGUCACAGGUCACAGCCACCAGGGAACAUUUCUUCUUUGCUGAGAGCAACCGCAUGUUGCAUCACUUCUGGGUAGAAGGCAGCUUGGUCAAGGAAGGUUCACGGUUACCCUCAGACAGUGGACUGGGGUCCAUCACCUGCAUGACAUGGAAAGGAGAGACACUGGUGAUGGGCGAUGCUGACGGGAUGCUUGGAGUUUGGGAUCUCAAGGCUAGGGUGUCAAGAAACUAUCCAACUCAUCGAUCAUCAAUUAAAAAAGUUAAGUUUGCACCAGGCAAAGGCAACCUGAAGAUCUUGUGUUUGUGGAGUGAAGGUCUAGACAUAUGGGAUAUCAAGGAGGUUAGGGGAACAAGUUCCAUGAAAGUGACCAAGGAACAGACCAAGCUGAUUGAUGCUGACUGGGCUGCGUCAGAUAAACCCAUUGUGGUCAGCUCAGAUGGCUGCAUACGAGUCUGUGAUAUCAAACUGAAGACCACAUGCUCUCCCAUGGACUAUGCUGAAUUUGCUGAUCCGGUAUUCUGUCCUUACCUACUAUCCCCCAAGGCUGCCUUGGCUAUGAAGUACACAAUGCAACAUCAGCCCUGGAAUGACGAGUAUACGCUACAGCUUAGCAAGGAAUACAGCACUCAAGUCAAAUCCACCCUCCCCAGUGAGGACAAGCGACGCCCCCAUUUCCAUGAACCCGCUUGGCUCGCCAAUCUGCCCACUGCAGCUGAUGAUGAUAGCGUGAUUGAUAGUGUGCUUGAUAGCGAGACAGAGGAGGAACCAGAACGUUGUGAAACCCCAGAAGAUGAGAAUUUCAUAAAGGCUGUCAACGACCAGUUUGACAUCAUGCCCCAGAAGAUGAAAGAUUACCUCCCCGUUUGUCCCUAUGGUACGGCCCAGCGCUGUCUGCUUGCUGCACAACUCUUUGGUGAUGAGGCAGAGACCACUUUCUGGACGGUGGCAUUGCAAUAUCUCAAGGCUGAGAAGGCCAGGUUGAAUUGUCCAAUCCAUAAGUCCACACCAGACAAUCCUGGAGCUGGUUAUCACUCUGAUCCCUUCCAAGGUGAAGUGCCUGGUGCCCUGCCCAGUAACAACAGGUCACUCUUGAUGGACACCAGGGAAGAGGAGGUGGUUACCAGCUGCUCUUGCAUUAAGGAACCACUGUUGGACACCUGCUAUGAUACCCUCUGUGAUAGCAAGUCGUAUCAGAAAUAUCAACUUGAGCGCUUGAGCCUUCAUGAUAGCAAACGAUCGACCCACGAGCAGACAAUGAAGUGCGCAGAAAACCUCAUUCUUUUAGGACAGUUUGACCGAGCAGUGCAGUUGUAUCUUGAGACGGAAGCUGAGAAUGACAGUUAUUACCUAGACUCCAUCUUGGCCUGUCUGGUUGCUACGGUGAAAUCCACAGGGGCAUCACAAAGCACUAUUAAGCUGGUGGCCACAAGUCUCAUUGCUAACAACAAACUCUCCGAGGGAGUUCAGCUACUUUGUCUCAUCAACAAGGGAAUUGAUGCCUGCCGCUAUCUGAUCACCUAUGGAGAAUGGAACCAAGCAGUUUGGCUUGCUAAGGCAACUCUACCCUUUUCAGAGUACAGCGUUGUGCUACGUCGGUACAUAGACUAUCUCUGCUCACCAGCAGUCAACCAGAAAACCAAAGCAAUCUUAGUGCUGUUAUCAAUUGGACAGUUCCAACAAGUCUUAGAGGUUCUCAUGAGCAUGCACUAUUAUGACAGAGCUGGCAUGUUUGCUGAGGCCUGUACAGAAUUUGAUGUCUUGCCAGAUACAGAGGAGAUAAGAACUCUUCUUGAGAAGGUGUACUUGGAGUAUGCCCGCUACCUGUUGGCAUUGGGUAACCGUAAAGCCUACGGUUACUACUGCAAUAAAGCAGCUGAGAAGGCACAGAAAGUCAACCAGGAUCUGGAGUGGAUGGAAGACUAACAGGUGAAUCAGGGGUUUACUCAAGGCACUCAAUAAUUAUGCCAAUGAAGUAGUAGAAAUUUGACAUGACAGGAGGGGAUGAAGUGAUGACACAGAAGAGAAGAUAUGAUCAGUGAUUCUGAAAAAUGCUGACUUCUUGCAACAAAGAAGCCAAAAGUAGUAGAGAGUUACUGGAAAAUAGCAUGGCUUGAAGCCUGAAGAAUUAGCCCCAACUGUGAAGUUGUUAUCAACUGAAGGUAUGAGCACUAUUAUAUUUUGCUGGUAAGGUGGAUUUUGUACACACUGCAGAAAAUGAAGCAGGCAAAAAUUAAAAGGUCAAGGUUUUGUUCCUCUUGGUGACCUUCAGUGCAAGUUUAUUUAUUGCUUGCCAGCAAGUUUUUGGCGAGGAUUCAAAGUAUUAUUCUCUGAAGGUCUUUUCUCUUUUUACAUUGAAUUAAACCAAGUAUGAAUGAACAUGCCCAAAAGCAUUUACAAAAUUAACUCUUGUGGGACUUAUUAGACAUUUACAUGGAUCGUUUUUAAGCAUAACUCCAGAUUAUGAAAAUGAUUUCAACUGUUGUACCAUAAAACAGGAAAACCUUUCACUAUUCCAUUCCCGUUCCCUUCUUCCUCCUCAUAAAAAAAAUUGUAUCAAGGCAUAUCUUGUCUCUUCCUUACCCCAAUGCAUCUGUAAAAUAUUUUACCUUGUAUAUGACCCAGUCUUACAAAAAAGUCACAGGUCACCAGAGCCACUUUGGGUUAAAGUCUGAAGAAGAGUCUUUCACAUGAUAAAUCAGUUGCAACUUUCAACGUUGUCACCCAAAUGAUAUCCACGUUCAUUGCGAUGUCAAAGGAUGAGCUCAGUUUGCUCUUUGUAAUGCAACCUUAAAGAAAAUUACUGGAAAAAAAGACCUUCAUUAAGGCUCAUUUGUGGGAUCUGGUGACAUGUGAAUUUGAAAGGUUGCACACUGAGGUGCAACAUAUGAUAUGUACCCUUUCUUAUUUUCUUAUUCUGUUUGUGGUUUCCUUCUGGUAGGUGUUAAGAAACAAUGACUGACGAAUUUCUUUAUGACAGGCUACAGAUUUUUCCUUCCUCCUAAAAACCAAUAUUAAGUACAUACACAAGCAAGUGAAGUUUCCCUGCUGUAUAUAUUUUGCAUGAAUGUAUAAAUACUUCAACAAAAUAAAUACGUGUAUUUAAUUUGGAUCAAAUGUAGGUGUGUUAAGAGUACUGAAGAAGCAGAAAAGAGAUGCAUUGUCACCUUUGUAUCUUUGCAAGCAUUCAUAAAUGUCUGUUGGAUUGAAAAUGAGUCAGAUGAAAUUUUAACAAAAUGCAAGGUUAACCCCUUGCAAUUUUAUCUUUUCACAAAGAAAUGUUGAAGUGUAAAAUUGUAAGACAAAGGCUUCAAAGUCCCUGAAAUGUGUUCCUGCACGGUCACUUGAAAGAACACGUACCUGGAACCAAAAUUAAUGCUGAUUUGGCAUAGAAAAGGUAUGACUGUAUUGUUUGCAGAGAAAUCAAUCUUCGACAAAAUUUUAAUUGUGAAAGAAACUACAAAGGGGAAUUGACUAGGUGGUUAUAAAUGAUUAUAAAGAUGAACAAAGAAAUUGACUGGAGUGGGAUUUAAAUCAGUGACCUUUGGAACACCAUACCAGUGCUCUAUGAACAGAUCUAUCCAGCCCUACGUUGGUGGGUCUUCCAAUUUGUUAAUAUGUUUGUUCAGGAGGGGAGUGCUGCUAGCCAGAAACCAGAAACACCAUGUAGCAUGGGGAUAACACCCCAAUAAAACGAUACAAGAUGGGAAGUCCUGAACAGGGAUCACUC